GCGGCGCCCGGCGGGGGCCCCGCCCCGUCCUCUCCAUCCCGCGGGCUGCGGUCCUCGGAGCCAGACGGGUCGGAGCGCGCUGCCUGCCGAGCGCUCCCCGGCCGUCCCGCAGUCCCAGAGCAUGUGCCUCCCCCUCGGGCUCCUCCUGGUCCUCCUCGGCGCCCCGGGGCUCCUCGGACUCCGGCCCCAGGCCGAGCACUAUGAGGUCGUGUAUCCGGCGAGGCUGCCCGUGCCCAGGACCCGCAGAGAGCUCUCGUCGGGCCCGACCGCGUACCCGGAGAGCCUCCGCUACGUCCUGCCCCUGAGAGGCAGCAACUUCACCCUGCAGCUGCGCAGGAACAGGGACCUGACGGGGGCCGCCUACACGGAGACCUACACCUCGGCCGAGGGCGCCCAGGUGACCGAGCAGCCCGACCAGCUCCAGGACCAUUGCUUCUACCAGGGUCACGUGGAGGGGCAUCGGGACUCGGCAGCCAGCAUCAGCGCGUGCCAAGGCCUCAGGGGCUUCUUCCAGACAGGCUCCACCGUCCACGUCAUCGAGCCCCUGCCGGGCGCCAGCCACGAGGGCAGACACGCCGUCUACAGAGCGGAGCGUCUCACGGAGAAGCUCGUGACGUGCGGCGUCAGCAAUGCCACCCUGGAGGAGGAACUGGAACCCAAGAUGGCGGCCGCCCAGAAGCCACGCAACUGGAAAUCGGGGGCCGCCUCAAGGGGAACGCGCUACGUGGAGCUCUUUGUGGUCGUGGAUUACACUGAGUCGGUGAAGAUCGGGAGCCGACAGGCCAUACGGAACCGGGUGAAGGAGAUCGUGAACCACGUGGACAAGCUCUAUCAGGAGCUCGACUUCCGUGUGGUCCUCAUCGGCCUGGAGAUCUGGAACUCGGGGGACCAGACCCACAUCAGCAGCAGCCCCGAAGCCACGCUGGAUAACUUCCUCCGGUGGCGAAGCCAAGUGCUCGUCCCCCGAAAGAAGCACGACAAUGCCCAGCUGAUCACGGGUGUGGAUUUUGAAAAGACGACAGUGGGGCUGGCCAGAGUCGCUUCCAUGUGCACUGCGGGCUCAGGGGCUGUGAACCAGGACCACAAUGACAAUCCAAUUGGAGUGGCAUCAACCAUAGCUCAUGAGAUGGGACACAACCUUGGUAUGGACCAUGAUGAAAAUGUCCCCAGCUGCUACUGUCAUGCCCACAGUCAGAAUGGAGGGUGCAUCAUGGCAGCCAGCCUCAGUGCCAUCUUCCCCAAGGCCUUCAGCUCCUGCAGCAGGCACAACCUGGAGAACUUCGUGGGGGACAACAACUUCCAGGCGAGCUGCUUGACCAACUCCCCGAAGCUGGAUGACAUCUUCGGAGGGCCUGUGUGUGGAAACAAGUUUGUGGAACGAGGCGAGGAGUGCGACUGCGGUGCCCCAGAGGAGUGCACCAACCACUGCUGUAACGCCACGACCUGCAGACUGGCCACGGGAGCCACGUGUGCUCACGGAGAGUGUUGCCGUGGUUGCCAGGUGACGCCCGCUGGGGAGACGUGCCGCGAGGCUCGGGGGGACUGCGACCUGGCCGAGCACUGCGACGGCCGGCGAGGAGUGUGCCCGGAGGACGCCUUCCGGGAAAACGGCUCCCCGUGCCGGGGCGGCUACUGCUACGACGGCGCCUGCCCCACGCUCCAGCAGCAGUGCCGGGCUCUGUGGGGCGCCGGUGCCUACGUGGCCUCCGACGAGUGCUUCUCGCUCAGCGUCCGGGCGCAGUGCUCGGCCUCCUCCCAACCGCGCUCCGACAAGUGUGGCGUCCUGCACUGCGCCGGCGUGACGAGCCCCACCAGGGCCUACUGCAGGAUCUCCCUGGGCGGCCGCGUGCCCUGCUUCCUGGCCACCAAAGGGGAAGGCCACGAGCCUUUCGAGCAGGUGGCCCCCGGCACCCGGUGCGGCGAGCACAUGGUUUGCUACGGGGGGCGCUGCCAGGACCUCCGCGUCUACGGGCCCAAGAAUUGCUCGGCUCAGUGCAGCGGCCAUGGGGUCUGCAACCACAAGCGGGACUGCCACUGUGAGCCGGGCUGGGCUCCGCCGGACUGCCGGUCCAGAGUGAGCGACUAUGCGGCCCCAGGUAGAGAGGGGGCCCCGGGGGUGCUGGUGGGCGUGCUGGUGACUGUAGGCGUGCUGGCCCUGCUGCUCGGUGCCGCCUUCCUCCUCCACAAGCGGCGCCUGCUGCCUCCGAUCCGGAAGAGGAGAAUCGCCACCCAAACUCCCGGCCUGGCCAACCCCUUGUUCCGAGAGGGCGGCGGCAAGGCCCCGGGGCCUAUCUCCCAUCCCCCGCCUGCUGCCCAGCGCCCGAAUCCCCCCUUGGAUCCGGGGGUCCCUCGACGAGCACCCCCUGUGGUGAGUAGAGCCAGGAGGGGACAUAUCUGGGGGGCCGGGCCCGGCACCCCCGGGAGCAGAUGCUGGGAGCCUCCUCUUUCCUCCCAGCCUCCUGCGGCCUCCUUCAACGUGCCCGUGUAUGCCGCGCAGACCCCUCAGCCGGGCACGCCUGCGCCACCCAGCAAGCCCCUGCCCCCGCUGAAGCCCAAGCAGGUGAUCAAGCCCCAGGCUAGGCCUCCCCCCCCCCCUGGGCCCAGCGCUGUGUCAGAGCCUCAGGGAGCCGCCCGCAAGGUGCCUCUGAUGCCGCCAGCCAGAAGGUGAUGGGAAGGAAGCACUGCCACAGCUCCGGCUGCCACGGCUCCGGCUGCCACGGCUCCGGCUGCCACGGUUCCCAGGAUGGUGCGGAUGUCGCCAUCCACCAUUUGCAAAAGGGGGGGCCUGUCCCUCCAUGCCCCCCCCCCAUCUGGCACUUGUCUCUGGAGCAGAGAAGACAGGAGGAAGCCAGCCCUGACAGCAUUGGCACGCCGCCAUUUUUCUAUGUUCCUGGGCCUUUCCCCAUUCUUCCCGUGGGCACGUGCCCUGUGCCUGAACCAGAGCCAAGGGGCCUUUGGGUCUGGAAGAGUGCUCUGCGGGCCUGGCCUCUCCCCGGCCUCCUCGAGGCUCCACUCCUCCCUGGCCUCUCCCCGGCCUCCUGCUCGCUUUGCCUUUGGUCCCCUUGUCUGCUGCUCGGGUGGGGGGGGGCCUUGGCCUGCCCAUCCUCUGGGGGCUCCCAGAAGGAGGAGGCGGCACUCGGGUGUGGUGAUGGCAAUAAAGCAGUGGCAGCUC